AUGGCAAUGGCGGAGAGCUGCCCACAGGCCUCAGUAAGAGCCAUCUUGCAGGGCACCAAAAGCCUCUUCGUGCUGGGUUUUUCGACCACUGGCGGUGGUCAUGAGCGCCUCACGGCAGUGCUCACAGAACAUCUCCGUGGCGAGGGGGGUCUGGAUGGUGUGACUUUGUUGGUUUCCAUGCCAGAGCCGUGGAAAGGUGAGAUGCUUGCAGAUGGUAGCGUGCCGCAAGAGAAGCGGCAGAAGGUAGAUCACACGCAGAGCAUCUUGGGCAAGCUUUCGCCGCUCUUGAAGCGACGCUGUCGGCUGAUUUUCGUGCGCGCCCUAAAAAGCGUCACUGGCUUCUACACCACGCAGGCCGGUGCUGCAGCUAAGGAGCUGAUGUGGGAGAUGGUCGUGGCACGGCCGGAGGUUUACCGAGGUGAGGAAGCCAAGCGGUUACUUUGCGACCGCGGCUUCGUCAUCUUCGACUCACAAGCUUCGUUUUCAUGGGAUGAUCUUGGUCCCAGCCUCCUGCCCACAGCGCGCUCUUUGAUGGAUGUACUGCUUGCAGAAACAGCGGCGGACGCGAGAAUCGUGGUCAUCACGGAUAUGGACCCAAACCUGACCUCUGCAACGUUGAAGCUAAGAGCGGAGAUGCUGAACGGAACCGAGGGGACACCCCGGUUGCAUGGCUUAGACUACGAAAACCACCAGGACUUGCUGCUUCACUCCUUUGGCAUCCGCGAACGAGAAGAUAUCCUUGCAUACAAGGGCCAGUUUCAAAGGGAGAUAUACUGGUACAAGAUGUACCCCAAUCUCUUCCGAGACGCUGAGCUGGCGACGUUGGGGAAGCUGAUUCGAAGCACCUUCUUGGUGAAGGUACUGAACAUGGGCAGAGAAGGCCUUAGGGUGGCACAUGUUGACAUUGUGGAUCCUGCCUUUCGCCGCUUGAAUCGUGCAGACCUGGAGGUUUAUUCCUUCGCAGCCGAUCGCAAGUCGGCCGUGAAGUUCCUCCUGGAGCAUGGCCGCCGCAUCACCAGUGAAGAGGCGGGCCAGGCACAUGAGGGCAUUGUCCAUGCCGACGGUGCCUCCGAGGACACCAUCCAGCACAUCAUCUACGUCUAUGCGCAUUUGAGCGGACGCUCCAUCUUAGAGUACUACUUUCGACACGUUCAGGAGCAUCCCCAGACGCUCAUCGUCGGCUGCGGCCGUGACUGGCACAAGCACAGCCGCCUACGCGCAGCAGCUGAAUUGAAGGGCUGCGGCAACGUCAUGCGAAUCUGUCAGUUGGCCCAAGGACACGGCAUCGUGACUGCAGGUGCGGGAGCCUGCGGUGAACUUGCGGAUAUGCUGUACACUUUUCAAGCACCCGUGGGAGUAGUUAUCCCGUUGAACAAGCAGCACGAGCAGCAGCACAAUGGCGAAAUGAUGCAGGAAAGCUUUGGGAGCAGGCUGCUCCUGGGAACCACAGGAAACGGCUUCGAUAUUGCAGGGCUGGGGCCGUUUCUCGGCGAGCUCGCUCGCCGCAUGGAGUCUGCCAAGGAGAAGUACCUGCCUCCAGCGGCUGCUCGCGCCUGCAUCGACCGCCUGGGGGAGAAGCCCAGCGCCGCGGAACAUGCUGCCGGGCUUCUGGCCGGGACCUCCGUGGCGACGCGGAAAGAACAGCUCAUCGCAGAGUUCUCCGAGCUACUCCAGAGCAGCGGCAUGUUCCUUCACCUCAAGAUCUUGCGUCGGCACCUGAAGGGAUUCUUCCAGCUUGCCGACCAGCUGCACACUCUCACAGCGGAAGGCACGGCUAAUGCGAAGCAGCUCUUCACCAUCAACGAGUGCGCCCACUGCACCGGCAAGCGCGUCACGGUGGUGGACUGGGCACACGCCGAUGUCAGGACCCUUACAGUCCUUCUUCUGUGGUUAUACUACCUGGACCUUAAGAAACCUACAUUUUUAAAGGUUCCCUAA